AUGCGCAUGUUCAAUCGAUUUUACGGCCUUUGUGCCGUCGCCGUCUGCUCCAUUCUCUACACAGCAUGGUUUCUGACGGGGAGGACGUUUGGCGAUGUCGUACCGCUGGCCGGUACGUUCCAGACCGCCGAUGUGUUCGACCACCGAUUGGUUGUCUUCGGAGACUCUUGGAGCGCCAGUGAAACGGCAGAAGAGCAGGAGAAGAUCUGGACGGAUCAUCUUUGUGAUUUGUUUUCUUGCUACCAAGAGAAUCUUGCGCAGUCGGCCCGAUCCGCAGGGAAUACGAAGAAGGACACCGGCGCCGUGAUCGACAACGACGAAUUAAGUUCCUUCGGCUGGCUGUCUAGAGACCAGGUCCCCGAUUUCAAGGCCCAACUGGAUCAGUGGCUAGCAGCCGAGACGGGCGCGAUGGAAAGGCUCACCGAAGAGGAGCGCAUCACCCGCCAAGAGCGCACGACCUUUGUCAUUUCGUUCGGAAUCUGGGACCUCUGGAGUCUGCGCGAAGCCGACUACAACACUGCCGUUUCAUCGGUGGAGCGACGGAUCAAGAAAUUGACCGAGCAAUUGGAUCGACUGGCCGAGGCGUUCAAGGGCUGGGGACCCACGGAGUUGCAGAUCAUCAUGACCCAGACAAUGGACGUGACUUUCCUGCCGGCAUUUACGAGCGCCGGCGGUGACGAGUUCAAGGAUGCGGUGCGUCUUUUGACGGAUUGGAAUUCUAAACUCAAGUCUGCUGCUACGGAGUGGAAGGAUGGGAAGGCUCAGUGGCUCUAUAUGUUUGAUACCAAUGCCUUUGUCUUGGAUCGUAUUCGCGAUUGGCAGCUUUAUGCCUCGGGCAUUCAGGAGGAGAAUGGAAUGGGCAAGAAUACUGAGCCUGGGUGGGAGAAUGUCAAUGCUCCUUGCCUGGUUGGUGAGGGUGGGCUCGGGGUCAUGAUGUCAGGGACGGAGGAGAAGUCACGGUGCCAACACCCAGAGAAAUAUCUGUUCUGGGACCAAAUGCAUCUAGGACCAUCUGCUCACAAGCUUAUGGGGAAUGCUGUCUACAAGGAGACGAAGGAGUUGCUCAACGCCACCCCCAGCAAGUCUGAGUCGGCGGCUAGCCGACGGGGUGUUGCAGUUUAG